GGGGGUCGUUAACCAGCUCGUUAACCGUCUGCCUCGUUGGGAACAGCCCGAGGAAGGGGCUGGUGGUUCAGCAGGAGGCCCUGGAGGUGCUGUCAGAGGUGACCCAGCCGGUGGUGGUGGUGGCCAUCGCAGGGCACCGGCAAGUCCUACCUCAUGAACAGGCUGGUUGGUGGGAGGAAAGGUCCCAGCCAGAAGGUCCAGGGGACCUGGGUUCUCCUCCUCUGUCUUUAACACUGGUGAGGCCCUUGUGUCCUCCCCACAGGUUUCUCCCUGGGCUCUGGGGUGCGGUCCCACACCAAAGGGGUCUGGAUGUGGUGUGUCCCUCACCCCUCCAAGCCUGGACACGCUCUGGAAGGGCUGGGCCACGUGGAGAAGGUGUGGAAGGAGCAGCAGCUGCUUCGGGGUGUUCCCAGCACUUUGUCAUCCAAGUGACCGGAGACCUGAGCCUAGAGGCCGUGGAGAUGGAGGUUGGGGGUAGACAAGGGGCCAAAUCCCUCUGUUUUUCUAGGAAAGAGCAGAAGAGGAAGAAAAAAGCAGCUCUUUGCUCCAGUUGUGUGGCCAUCUCUCUUCUGAGGAAGGUCUGAGGGACUUGGGUCUGUUUUAGUCCGGAGAAGAGAAGGCUGAGGGGGGAUCUGAGGAACACCUAGAAAUACCUAAAGGGUGGGUGUCAGGAGGAUGGGGCCAGACAUUUUCCAGUGCGGCCCAGUGACAGGACAAGAGGGAACGGGCACCAAGUUGUCCAGAAGAAGUUCCAUCUAAAUAUGAGGAGGAACCUUUUCACUUUGAGGCCUGCAAAGCCCAGGACCAGGCUGCCCAAAGAGGAGGUGGUGGAGUCUCCAUCUCUGGAGACGUUCACCUGGACAAGUUCCUGUGCAACCUGCUCUAGGAGGACCUGCUUUGGCAGGGGGUUGGCCUAGAUGGUCUCCAGAGGUCCCUUCCAACCCCAUUAUGGGAUUCUGUGAGGCCAGGACGAGCCCACCUGGAGAAAGGGGUGGUGAUGGCAUGGGGGUGGGUCUCUCCAAAAACCUGGUCUUACCGUGGCCUGUUGGAAAGGGGUGUUCAGGGGGGGCUUUGCUCACACUUAAUGGGUCUUGUUGACCAAGAGCCAAGGGCUGUCCUCCAGGGUGACACCGAGAACGACACCUGGAUCUUUGUGCUCACAGUCCUGCUCUCCAGCACCCUGAUCUACAACAGCAGAGGCACCAUUGACCAGCAGGCCAUGGAGCAGCUGCACUACGUGAUGAAGCUGACCGAGCAGGUCAAGCUGAAAGCAGCACCCGGGCAGAGUGAAGAGGAGCAGGAGGAUCCAGAAGAAGUUGCCCCCUUCUUCCCGGCUUUUGUCUGGACGGUGCAGGAUUUCACCAUGCAGCUGGAGAUGGAUGGGAAGGGAAUCUCUGAGGACCAAUACUUGGAAAAGGCGCUGACGUUGAAGGCUGGAAGCAGCUCUGAGAUCCAACGCUACAACCAGCCCCGGGAACGCAUCCGCAAGUGCUUUGUUUUUGACCAGCCAGCCCCCAAGAGGGACCUGGCCCGCUUGGAGGAGCUUUGGGAUGAUGAGAUCGAUCCUAAAUUCCAGCAGCAGGUGGAGAAAUUCUGCAGCCACAUCUGGGAAAAGUCUCCACCUAAGACCAUCCCUGGAGGCCGCAUCAUCACAGGGAGCUGUUUUCCUUUGGGAUCUCGUGGUAAAUGGUACUCAAAUAACUUUAAAAUUUUAAAGGAAUUGGGUCUCUCCAGCUCCCGACAAGAAAAGGUCGCCAGACGAUUGUCAAACUAUGCUUUAUUCAGCCCGGUGGACAUCGUUCACAUGUUUGCGAGUAAAGCCAGAACGGAGCUGCAGAUCUCUCCCCCUUGGUCCUCCUUGGCAGUGCUGGGCAAACUGGCAGAGACCUACGUGGAGACCAUCCAGAGCGGGGAGGAGCCGUGCCUGGAGAGAGCAGUGCUGGCCCUGGCGGCGGUGAAAGAGGCUGUGAAGUUCUACCAGGACCUGAUGGAGAAACGGGUGAAGCUGCCGACGGAGACGGUUGAGGAGCUCCGGGAUCUGCCAGCGGGAGAACACGGGAGAUGCUCCAGAAACGGGCGUUUGAAGAAGACAUCUGCUCUUUCCAGGACGUGUCCCUGCCCUGGCUGGAAGCCCGUAGCCUCCUACGCUUCCCCUGUCCUGCUGACUAAGUCUUGUCCCCGUCUUUUGGGAGGUCCCCGGCAUGCUCUCUGCUCCUGGGCACCUUGCUCCAGAGGUGUCCGUGGGUGCAGAAUGGCCUCCCCAUCUGUCACCUCCCCGCCCAUUACCCCACAGACUGGAGAUCCUGGUUGCCAUGUCAACAUGAUUUUUGCCCAGCACGAGAGCGGUGGCUGCAGCUCAGCCUGGGCUGACGCCUUCCCUCUGCAUCUCUCCUGACAGCGCCAGGUGGAGGAGAUCAAGGAGAAGUUCCUCAGGGACAACGAGCAGGCAUCCCAUGACAAGUGCGAGGCUGGUCUCGAGGUCAUCCUCCAAGAUCUGGUCAUAAAAUUCAUUAAUGGUGUCUACUUUGUGCCAGGGGGUUACGAGCUGUUCGAAGGAGACCAGCAGGCGCUGGUGGAGAAAUAUCAGGAGGUUCCUGGCAAGGGGGUGAUGGCUGACGCUGUCCUGCAGGAGUUCCUCAAAAGCAUUGAGCUUCUGGAUGAAACAAUCGUCAAGACAGACCUGGCCCAAUCAAAUAAAGGCCUGGAGAUGACCAUGAACUUUCCUGGGAAAAGCAGAAGUAAGAAGAAGCAGCUACUUGGUAGAUAAGAUAAACGGGACCGCAUCCAGAAGAUGAGAGAAUGUUGCUGCGCGUGGACGUGGGG